AUGGAGGACAUUCACAAGAGACACCCGCAGGCCAUUAUCCUGCCCGUUCUGUCGUUCUUCUCCAUUGCCCUCGCUAUCCCGCCCAUCAUCCUCCAUGCAAAGAAUCGGAACUUCCCUGCAUCUAGUCUGAUCUUCUGGUCCAUUCUCCUCAACAUCUUUAACAUCAUCAAUUCACUCACAUGGCCCACGGACGACAUUCAAUCGGCCUGGGAUGGGUCCGGACUAUGUGAUAUCGAGGUCAAGUUCAUGGCUGCCAGCUAUCUUGGCAUCCCGGGGAGCCUGCUGUGCAUCUUUCGGAGCCUUGCCCUCGUUCUGGAUACAGAUCGAGCUACUUUAGUCCCGAGCAGGGGUCAGCGCUGGCGCAAUCGAUUCAUGGAGAUCAUGUUCUGUGUCGUUGCUCCAAUCCUCGCAAUGAUCACCCAUCUUGUGUGGCAACGCAGUCGAUACAUUCUCUUUUCCAUUUCGGGAUGUGUGAAUGACUUCGACGAGAGCUGGGUCAGCUUAGCACUUGCAUGGAUCUGGCCGCCGCUCUUCUGUCUGGUUGCCGGAUACUAUUGCUUCCUGGUCCUCAUCCGGGUACACAAGUACCGAAGUGACUUUGCCAGCAUCCUCCGCGCAUCCAGCAGCAACCUCAGCAAAUCCCGCUUCCUCCGUCUAUUCUUCCUCGCCCUCUCGAUGCUAGUCUGCAUCCUCCCUCUGGAAGCCUACGUCGUCUACAGCAACAUCGAACUCUCCAUCCCCUGGCACGCCUACUCCUGGAGCCGAAACCACCACAAAUCAUCCUGGUACCACAUCCGAAAAAUGGAGUCCUACGGCGAAGUCUUCUUCGACCGCUGGACCCCCGUCGCCUCCGGCUUCAUGAUCUUCAUCUUCUUCGGCUUCGGCCGCGACGCAACCCGCAUGUACCACACCGUCUGCUGGUACCUCGGCCUGGGCUACUGCUUCCCCAGCAUCGAGCCCCCAACCGACAGCCACGCCACCCCGACUCCCCCACCGGGCUCGACAGGCUCAACCCUCGUCGAAAGCAUCAGCUCCCGCGCCAGGUCGCUGUUCUCCCGCCCGAAGUCUGGCACCAUCUACAUCGGCACGUGCGUUUCCCGCGGCAACUACAACGAUAUCGAAAAGGGCACUGUCUCGACUUCUUCGCAUCUCUCUCACAGUCCCAGCGUCGCUCGCUCGGUUCCUAAGAAGUCUCGCUGGAGUAACCUGCCCUGGUCGCUCUUCAACAGACGUCCGGCUCGGCGGGAUGCCGAUGGAACCUUGCUGGAUGACCUCUCGAUGCCUUCGCAGACGGUUAGCACUAUGGCCUGGGCGAGUCGGCGUGAUAGUGUCAAUAUGUCGGAGAGUACUGCUUCGCCGCAGCUCCAUCGGGAUUUCAUUCAUGUGAGGCAGGUUAUUAGCCAGCAGAGCGAGAUCAAGAUCCAUGUUUAG